AUGUCUAAACGCAAUAUAGUGUUCAACAAGCCUGAAGAUCCCAGUUUUUUGAAGAGAAUUAAGGAGAGUAUUGGCUAUCGCGAGGGUCCCACCGUUGAAACCAAGAGACAACGUUUGGAGCACUUUGAGGAGUCAGAUUCCGACUCAGAGGUCAACGAGGAGAAACCACAAGUUGUUGUACUGAAGCCGGGCGAUUUAACGGCUGACGAAGCUGAGCGUGAACAGCAAAAGCUCCUGAAAGAGGAGGCUGAGAAACCAGCGGAUUUGUCACAGAGGAUCAUCUUCAAGGGAAGCAAAAGUAAAAGCUCAACAUCCGGCAAGGAUAAGGAUUCCGAGCAUUCGAAGGGAGACAAGAAAAAGGCAGAGAAGCCAAAGUUGUCGUUCAACGAAGAGGAGGAAGACGAAGAGAGCGUUUAG